UAUACAUCCACUCUCCUUUUGCUUUUAGUCCCCUUUUUUGUCUGUCAUGGAUCUCGAGCGUUGAAUUCCUACGAUCAUACAUCCAGAUUCAAAACCCUUUAAACCUUCCUUCCUUCCUUCAUCAUUCUGCUCCUUCAUUACUUUCGCCCCUUCACGUUUCUUCUGCUUCAAGUCAUCUCUUUCUUUUUUAGAUUGAUUUGUGAGUGGUGGAUAAAUACUACUUUAUUCUGAUACAGAUUAAGGGGUCAUACGUACAGGAUUUUGUAGCUCACCUGAAGUGGUAAUUUAGAGGUUCAUGUUUGUGUAAUAGAAGCUAAAAAUGGCACGGAAAAAUUUCAGUUGUUCAUCAACGUUGUUUCUUGUUCUUUUGGCUGUUGGGUCAUUCUUUGCGACAUACAAUUUAUUAACAAUGGCAGUUCACUACAAAGGUGCGAAUUCUCUAGGGUUAUCUAAUGAUCCUAUUGUUGAAAUGCCUGAUAAUAUGAAAAGAGCAAGGGGUUCCAAGGCGUUAUUCCAUGUUGCGUUGACAGCUACAGAUGCUCCUUAUAGCAAAUGGCAAUGCCGAAUCAUGUAUUAUUGGUAUAAAAAAACAAAAGAUAAGGCUGGAUCAGAUAUGGGAAAGUUCACCAGGAUUCUGCAUUCGGGUGAGCCCGAUAAUCUGAUGGAGGAGAUUCCAACCUUUGUUGUUGACCCCCUCCCAUCUGGUUUGGAUCGAGGGUACAUAGUUUUAAACAGACCGUGGGCCUUUGUGCAAUGGCUGGAGAGGGCUACUAUUGAAGAGGAAUACAUAUUAAUGGCAGAGCCUGACCACAUAUUUGUAAAUCCACUGCCUAAUUUGGCUCGUGGAGAAUUUCCUGCUGGAUACCCGUUUUUCUAUAUCAAGCCUGCUGAUAACGAAAAAAUAAUUAGAAAAUAUUUUCCCAAGGAGAAUGGGCCUGUAACUAAUGUAGACCCAAUUGGUAAUUCUCCUGUUAUUAUAAGAAAGGAUCUACUUGAAAAAAUUGCCCCCACUUGGAUGAAUGUUUCUUUAAGAAUGAAGGAUGAUCCCGAGACUGAUAAAACUUUUGGAUGGGUGCUAGAAAUGUAUGCAUAUGCUGUGGCCUCUGCUUUGCAUGGUGUACAGCACAUUCUUCGCAAAGAUUUUAUGCUCCAGCCUCCAUGGGACUUUGAAACCGGCAAUAGGUUUAUCAUUCAUUACACCUAUGGAUGUGACUACAACAUGAAGGGUGAGCUAACAUAUGGAAAGAUUGGAGAAUGGCGGUUUGACAAGAGAUCACAUCUACGUGGACCUCCGCCAAGAAAUCUGCCUUUGCCCCCACCCGGGGUUCCCGAAAGUGUGGUGACUCUUGUAAAGAUGGUGAAUGAGGCUACUGCCAACAUUCCAAAUUGGGAUACCACUGAAUAACUGAUCGAUUUUAGUAUACAAAAAACAAGGGAGGAUGAAUUAGAUGAUAAUUUCGUGCUUAAAAUAGUAUCUAAAGUGAACUAAACGCCGUGAGUUCGAGGAGCUAACAAACACAAAAAACAAGAUCAUCCUUUUGUUCUCGAUGAAUGUAAUCACAUAACUUUUUGGUUGGUGACUAUUCUUAUUUUAUAGAAAUGAUAUAUGUGUGAGUUAUGUUUUUAUCUUUGACAGGCUUAUAACGAUUUUCUUGAAGGAUC